GCGGCCUGCCGGUCUCUCGGCGGCGGGGGAUGUGGGGCGCGUGGGGCGGCCGGGGCGCGGCCUGGGCCCGGGGCUCGGGGCGAGCGCUCCACGCCUCCCCCGCCCACUGCGCCGCCAAAAACCCGCUCAAGAAGUUCGCCUCCAAAACCAAGAAGAAGUUCUGGUACGAAGGGUCUUCCCUGGGAACCCACUACAUGUACAGACCCAGCAAACUGGAUCAGCUGGUGAAGGCAGUCGCCCCCAAGACGAGGAAAGAGGAGAGCAUCCGUAAGCGAGCCCUGGAUGGCCUGCUCUACCAGGCCCUGACCGACUUGGUGUCCAACUGGGAAAUCGACGGCGACCUUUAUGACCUGAACGUGGAGCUCACCAAGGUGUCUCUCUCCCCCGACUUCUCCGUGUGCCGGGUAUACUGGAAGACCGUGCCGUCCGUGGAGAAGAACGACCACGUAGAAGCCGUUCUGCGGAAGACCGCUCCGCGCAUGAGGCACCUCCUGAUCACCCAGCGGAUCCUGCAGAACGUCCCGCCCGUCGUCUUCGUCCGGGACAGGGAAGACGCCGCCAGAUCGGAGGUGGAAAGGUUACUGCGAGUUGCCGACUUCGGGCCUCCAGAAGAUCAGGGCCACGAGGACCGGCCUCCUCUCGGGGAAGCGGAGGCCCAGCCUCCGGCGGAGGCCCAGACCAACCUGUUCGGGAUCGACCGCGCGGCCCUCCUGAAGCAGAUCGCGGAGUACAAGAGAAGGAAGGACAGGCGGCGGGACGGGGGGGACGGCGGCCGGAACCCGCAGCUGCCGGACCUCCUGGCCGAGGAGCAGAGGCGGAGGAAGAGGAAGAAGGGGCGGGGCCCCCGAGAAGAGGACGACGUCACCCCCCGGACCUACCGCCGGCCGGGCCCGCCCGGGGAGGGCGACGGGGACCCUCCCGAUGACCCCGGGAGCGUGGAGGACCAACUCCGAAGGGCGCCAGAAGAGCUGGGAACCGAGGACGGCGGAGACCCCGCCGGACCCCGGGGGGAAUAAAGUCGCCCCCGGCACCGGCCGGAUUCCCGGCCGGAGUGAACUCCCGCCGGCGGAAGCCACCGGGAACGCGGGCCGAGGGCGGGCCUCGCCCCCGGAUCGCAGCAGCCGCGGGGGCCUCCCCGGGGUUGGGAGGGAAGAAGGAGGACGGACGAGGGGAGGGAAGCUGUGUCGGGCUGUUCUUGGGGUGGAGGUGUUAAUAAUAAUAAUAAUAAUAAUAA